AUGGGCUCAACACCCAAGUACGACCCAAACUUCACCCAGCAUGUCAUCGACACCUGCGGCCCCAACACCAGCCCGCGCAUGAAGACCAUCUUCGGCGCCAUGAUGCGACACCUCCACGACUUUGCGCGAGAAGUUGACCUCACUCCCGAAGAAUGGCUGGCUGGUGUCAAGUUCCUGAACGAGACGGGCAAGAUCUGGGCAGAGUCGGACGGCAAGCGGAAUGAGAUGCACAGAUUAUCCGAUAUUACGGGUCUGGAGUCUCUAGUCACAGAGAUCGCCAACUACGUCCAAACCGAAGACCCGAACUACACGCCCACCUCUGCCGCUAUUCUUGGCCCAUUCUGGUCGCCGAAUGCAACAUGGAGAGAGCUGGGUGACAGCGUGAUUCAAGACCCUCACGAGGGCGUGGUGACAUACAUGCACGGUGUGAUCCGGGAUCUGUCAACGCACAAGCCUAUCCCAGGCGUGACGUUCGACUUCUGGCAGGCUAGCAGCAACGGCAAGUACGAUUUCCAGGACCCAGACAAUCAGAGCGACAACAACUUGCGUGGGAAGUUCAAGACGGAUGAGAACGGCGAGUACCGUCUUUACUGCCUUCGACCAACUGCCUACUCUCUUCCAACCGAUGGUCCCUCCUUCCAGCUCCUAAACGCAUUGGACAGACACCCAAUGCGGCCAGCGCAUAUCCACUUGAUGAUCACAAAAGACAACUACAAGCCAGUAAUCACGCAAAUCUACCCCAAAGACGACCCCUGGCUCUCUACCGACACCGUCUUCGCCGUCAAGGACGAUUUGGUCGUCGACUUCAACCCCGUUGGCAAGAUCCCCGACAGCAUGAAAGAGCACACCGGACCCGGCGGGAAGGCGACGAAGGAAUUGGAGUUGAAUAUCGUCUUGGCGCCGCUCGGGGUGGCUGGGCACUCGGACCCGGAGCCUAAAUCGUAG